AUGGUGAAUGAGACAGCGGUUGCCGGCCGGCCUGCAGCGGAGCGUGACGUCACCGCCGCUGCUGCUGCUGCUGCUGCUGCUGCUGCUGCUGCUGCUGCUGCUGCGGCAGACGAGCAGACUCUGGCUGCUCUUCAGGAAGACUUGGGUAACUUCCAACAAGAUUUGGGUAACUCGCAACAAAAAUUGGAAGAUACCCUGCAGGAGCUGGGUGUUUCCCCGCAGGAGCAGGGACGGGGGAGCAACUUGAAGUGGGAGGAGGUGUCUUUUGAGUCAACUCAAAAGGAGGGGCGGCGGCGGUGCAAGUGGGAGGAGGUGGUGGCUCAAGCGGUGGGCUCCGAUGGGCACAGCUGGCUCAAGUACGGCCAGAAGCAAGUGCAGCGCUCCAACGCCACCAGGUGCUACUACAAGUGCAGCCGUGCCAAGGCCAACCCGCGCUGUCCGGCCAAGAAGACCGUUGACAUCAUCUACAGUCACAACGAGCCUCUUUCCCCCGGCGCCAUCCAAGUCUCCCACCGCUGCCACCUCCACAACCACCCCGCGCCUGAUUUCCUGCCAUGCCACACGCGUGCCAAGCGGCCUGCCUCAGCCAUGGCUGCACCUGCUGCUCUGCCUGCUCUCCACACUCCUGCCUCUCGGCCCUGCACACGUCACACUCGUGACGCGGCUAGUGAGGCGCGUCGAAACUCGCAUGCCAAGCGACCCCCCUCAGCCAUGGUUGCUGCUGAUGCUCUGCCUGUUCCACCCGCUCCUGCCUCUCGUCCCUGCACACGUCACACUCGUGAUGCGGCUACUGAGGCGUGUCGAAGCUCUGCCGUGGCUGCACCUGAUACCCUGCCUGCCCUCCGCACUCCAGCCUCUGAUGCGGCGAUUGAGGCGUGGCCUGCCUCAGCCUUGGCUGCUCCGGACGCUCUGCCUGUUCCACCCACUCCAUCCUCUCGGCCAUGCACGCAUCACACUCGUAACGCGGCGACUGAGGCAUGUCAAAACUCUGCCGUGGCUGCACCUGCAGCUCUGCCUGCCCUUCGCGCUCUGGGCUCUCGGAUUGGCGCGCGUCACGCUCAUGACACGGCUGGUGAUGCGUUUCUGCCGCCCCUUGAUCUGAGCACUGUGGACCGUGGCGUGGAUGAUGGGGGUGUGAUGGAGCGAGGAGAGGGAGGGGAGGAUGGUGCUGCGGGUGUGAUGGAACGGGGGGAGGGAGGGAAGGGUGCUGGUGAGGGUGAGAUGGAGCAAACGUGGAGUGGAGUGGUGGAGGGGCCUGGAACACCCACACGCAGUAGCAGCAUAGGGGAGAGCUUCAGGGCAGGUGAACAGGCAGGCGGAAGGGAAGGGGGAAGGGCGUGGGGAAGGGCGGGGGGAAGGGCGGGGGGAAGGGAUUUUCAGAGGAUGGCAACAUGCAGUAGCAGCACCAGGGAGAAGAAUAUCAUGCUGGUUGCCAGGGCUAUUAGGAACCGCGUGGCAGCACGCAGCGGCAGCGGCAGCGGCAGCGGCAGCAGUAACAUGGGUGCGCAUGGGCAGGCGAGUGAAACAGACGGUGGUCUCACGUGCAAUAGUCAACUCCCCUCUGGGUCCCUCUUGCAACCUCUGGCUGCUGUCGCAACAUUCAAGCACCAUCAGCUCGCGGCGGCAAAUGAUUCCUGUGGGUCUGAGCAGAGGGCAUGUGGGAAUGACCUGAAGACGUGUGGGGCCGAGGUGAUGGCACGUGGGAACAAGCUGAGGGCAUGUGGAGCAGUGUGGGAUGCACAGCGACACUUCAGCUCCCAUUGUGACAAUGCAAAGCUGAGCAUCCUUCCUGCUUCAUUGUCCGGAGAGCCAUCGGGCUACUUCAACGCCACCAGCAUCACCAGGUGCUACUACAGGUGCGGUCGCUCCAAGGCCAACCCGCGCUGUCCGGCCAAGAAGACCGUUGACAUCAACGGCCGCAACGGCUCCGACCCGCCCUCCCCCGCCGCCAUCCAAGUCGCGUACCGCUGCCGCCUACACAACCACACUCUGCCCUUCCACCGCGCGCCAAGCCACCCUACCGUCCCCCUGAAUCGCCCUACUAGUAACAAGCCCCCUACUUACCGCGGAGCUCCUGAACGUAUCGGCUACUAUGAGCCGCAUCCUGUGAGGGACGAUGGUGGGGGUGGGGUUGGCGAUGUGAACGUCGCGGCUUCACAUGGUGGGGGUGGGGUUGGCGUGCCUGCGUCCAAAGGUGUUCGAGUUGUUGAUCUUGGUGCUUCUCUCAACGCCCCGCCGGCUGUGCGUUCCGAUGUAGCUAUGAAUUCUAUGGCUGCUGAUUUCGUCUCUCUCUCGCCUACCCGCCUCCAAUCACCUCCUCCGCGACUAGCUGGGCUUAUCCCCGUUAGUGGCAGCUCCACUUUCCUCGACAAUGCUUCUGCUGUUGACACGGGGAGGUCUUCAGUGUCUGUGGAGCCGCCACUUCUGGCUCUCAGGUCUCAGAUGCUGGGAGAGGAUGACAGCCGUAUAUUGUAUGUCGCGGAAGAGGAUCCUAUGGAUGAGAUUUACUCUUCCCUGGGAGCAAUAUCGCCUACAAAUCGAGGCCUUCAAGAGCUACGAGAGAUGUCGCUCUGUCCCCAUACCAACCUCGUGGGGAUUUUACCCAAAUUUUCUGAUGAUGAUGGGGUGUUUGAGGAAGAACGCAGCAAAGGCGGUGUGGUGGUGGGAAAUGGGGAGAGGUUGAUUCUUGAUUUGCACUGUGAUGGGGAGGAAGGGCCGGUGCAUGGUCCUUCCGGGACGGGAAUGGCGGCACUGAUGGGGCCUGUGCUGGGUGCUGCUGUGCCGGGUGCUGCUGUGCUGGGUGCUGCUUUGUCUGGCUGCGCUGAUGUAUGCGAUGGUCCUGAGUUUCAUACCCAGCAAGAGACUUCUCUGUUGACUCAAAGGGCACCUUUGACGGGCUGCUGUGCUGCAUCCGAUGCUCCUGGGUUUCAGUCCCAGCAGAAUGUGAUGGCGCUGCAGCAACAGCAGCAGCAGGAGCAGCAGCAGCAGCAGCAGUUGCAGCAGCAGCAGCAGCAGCAGUUUCAGCAGCAGCAGCAGCAGCAGCAGCAGCAGCAGCAGCAGCAGAGGCAGCAGCAGGCGUCAAAGCAGACGGAUCAAGUGACAGCGGUGCGGCUGUCUCUGGCUGAUCCCUUCUUGCAGAGCAACAUCGCAGGCGUCACGCGUCCACCUGCCUCAGCUGCGCCAGGGACUCUAACUGCCAAUCUCCCUGCCUCUCUCCCUGCCGCUCUCCCUGCCCCUCUCCCUUCCUCUAUCCCUGCCCCUCUCCCUUCCCACCUCCCAGCACCUUUCCCUGCUCAUCUCCCUGCUCCUCUCCCUGCCCCUGUCCCUGCAGCGCAGUCUGCUGCACUGUCCGACACAGGCGUGUGUAAAUCACAGUCUCUUACAGCCACCACCUUUGUCACGCUUAGGAAUGUGCGGAAGAGACCUGCCUCAGCCAUGGAUGCACCGCCUCCUGCGCUCCGUGCCACUGACCAAGCCUACUUUGCAGCCGUCGGCGUGCGGAAGGAGCUGCAGUCAUGGCUCGAGGGUGCCGCUUAG